CGUGUGUACUAUCUAUCAAUGGAAUACUACAUGGGCAGAUCACUGGGAAACACAAUGGUCAAUCUUGGUAUGGAAGGUGAAUGUGAUGAAGCUGUAUAUCAGGUAUAAGCCACAUUCAGCCAUUGUAUUCACCUCUGGUAUAUAAAAUCAAAUUUAUUGGAUUGCUAUAGCCAUGAAUAUCUUCUAAACAAUUAGUUAAUAAUUUAUGACAAAGUACGUAGAUGUAUCAGACAUACUGGUCAGUGUCAGGUAUGAUAUAAAUAUUAAGUUUAAUGAUAUUAAAUUUAAUCCUAGCUUGGUUUGGAUCUAGAAGACUUGGAAGCAAAUGAAGAAGAUGCUGGACUUG